ACCGGAUGUAUGCCGUCAACCGUUUUGCGUUUUUCUGUAGGCUUUCAGUAUAAAUAUGGAGGCUGAUUUUUUAGUUCGCUACAACAUUUUCAAUUUUAGAAAAUGAAACUCUUGGCAUUCGUACUUGCUCUGCUGGCUAUGGCCUUGGCCGUUGUGAGCGGCAUGGCCACCGGAGGCGCAUCAGCGGGUAUCCGCGAAGGCAAGGAGAAAGCUCCUUGCUGGGGCAACGGGGCGCCACAACCACCACCUACCAAUUCUACUGGCUGAAUAAUAUGCAUUCAAACCAUACCUCUGCUGCUUUUGUAAAAGGACCCCGAUUUCGAAAAUAAAUCUAAUCACUUGAAACGUAUUUUUAUUUGGAUGAUCACAGUCACGGAACAGA